AUGCCUUUCGGUCAAAUCGUGGUUGGUCCUCCCGGAAGUGGAAAAUCCACGUAUUGCAACGGAAUGCAACAAUUUAUGAGAGGAAUUGGAAGAAAAGUUGUUGUGGUUAACAUGGAUCCCGCCAAUGAAGGAUAUACCUAUGAAUGUGGAGUGGAUAUACAGGAUUUAAUUAGCGUCCAACCUGUGAUGGAAGAAUUAAAAUUGGGUCCGAACGGAGCCUUGAUUUAUUGUAUGGAAUAUUUGAAGGAACAUUUAGAGGAGUGGUUGAAAGUACAAUUAAAACCAUAUAUUGUGGAUGAUUCAUAUUAUGUCAUUUUUGAUAUGCCUGGACAAAUUGAAUUAUAUACUCAUUAUAAUGUUGUAAAAGAUAUUUGUGAUGUUUUAGUGAAUAAGUGGCACUUUAGAUUAUGUGCUGUGAAUUUAGUGGACGCUCAUCAUUGUACAGAUGCCUCCAAAUAUAUUUCUGUUCUUAUGGUUUCUCUGUCGAUUAUGAUUAGGUUGGAAUUACCUCAUGUCAAUAUUUUGUCAAAAGUGGAUCUGAUAGAACAAUACGGAAAAUUAGCAUUUGACAUUGACUUUUACACGGAGGUUCAAGAUUUAUCGUAUCUUGUACAAAGUAUUGGAAGAAAACCACUGUCACACCAUGACGGAGAAGAAAACAACUCCAAUUCAAUGGAAGAAGCGAAUGAAGAUAAUGAUGAAGAUGACAUGCAAGAUGAUGAAAGCUUUGAAUCAAAACUGGCUAAGCGAAAGCGAAAAUAUAAGACGAGAUUUAGAAAGCUGAAUCAAUUAAUGGCAGAUGUCAUUCAAGAUUAUUCUCUUGUUUCGUUUGGUACUUUGAACAUUCAAGACAAGGAGAGCGUGUUAAACGUAUUGAAAAUGGUUGAUAAGGCCAGUGGAUAUGUCUUUGGGGCAUGUGAACAAGAUAACACCUCAAUUCUGGACGUAGCUUCCUCCAAUUUGAAAUGGGCCUACGAAGCGAAUGAUGACGUUAGAAGCAAGUAUCUGAACCGAAAUAACGAAGAGUGA